AGGGAUGUGGCCGACUGUGUGUGUGUGUUUGUCUAAGCCGUCCGUCUUUUCUAUAUUUGUCUAGAGAUAUCUAUCUAUAUAUAUAUUUAUAUUUUUCACUUUAUAUGUAAUCGGCGUCCACGGAUUAUUCUGCGUGAAAGUUUAACGGGCCCUUUCGCCAGUUAUCCGCCAGUUCCAGGAGAAGACGUAAAGGGAAAACUUUUUGUGCCAAUCAGCGAAUGUUCACAGCGCCCGUAACCAUGCGCUCACGCGGCGGCGACAGGACGUCGGUCUGAACGUCAACAUUUCGAAUAAAGGUGGUGAAUGUCCAGAAAUUAACUUGGAAAUUAAACAUCUCAUCCAAAAACAUUUUUCUACAAGAAAAAAUAUCUUUUCUUCUAAGCUCUAAGCACGUUCAUGAAGACCGGUGUUUUGAAACCAUCUCAGCAUUGGUUCGAUGACAACUGAUUUGUAAGCACUUUACUGACUGAUCUAGAACUUUUGCGUUAGCUAGAACAAAAUCCUGAAAAGUGACAUCAUCAGCGAAAUUAUGUUAAAUUCGGAGCAGACCGAGAUCCCUGUCCACUCAGAAACUGAAUCAGUCUUUAGUGAUUGUGGUGGAGGAGGUGGCCUAAAUGAUGGCAGUGGGAUCAGCUUGUGUGGAGAAACACGGAUCUGUGAAGCUAGCGAUGUGGUAAAAAGGGAGCUUCAGCACUUAACCCGAGAAGAACGACGUCGGCGGAGGAGGGCAACAGCUAAAUACCGUACGGCGCAUGCAACAAGGGAGCGUAUAAGAGUGGAAGCUUUCAAUUUGGCAUUUGCAGAACUGCGCAAGCUUCUCCCAACUCUACCCCCAGACAAGAAACUCUCCAAAAUUGAGAUCCUUAGAUUGGCCAUCUGCUACAUCUCCUAUCUCAACCAUGUUUUGGAUGUGUGAACUCUGACAGAGCUCCUCUAAGGAAUGAAUGUUUCUUGGACUUUAUGUAUGUGCUGCUUCUUUCAGCUAUGAACUAGGGUCAUACGACAGUGAAGGAUCUAUGGGACCAUAUCAUUAUCUCUGUCGAAAAAAUGUUUUUAGUCCCCUGUCUAGAAUGUAAAACACCUUCUCCAUCAACCAUUUUACCUGAUUUCCCUGAACCUUUUCCAUCAUCACAUAACCGAUUUCUGCUAAUCUAGGUUUAAUAUUUAAGACCACGCUUAUCUUCAUUAAGUAAGAUGAACUUCAAUGGACACAUUAUUCAAGUCUUCGUGAUACACUCAGCUCUUUCCGUUCUCGGUGGUGAAGACUCAAAUAUCUUUUGGAUUUCAAGAGACCAUAUGGUCUAGUUCAUUAACAUUCCAUUGCUCCGUCAAGUUUCUCUGUGAAAGUCCUCUAAAUGAAUAGACACACAUAUUAAGAACCAAGGCUUAUGAGCAACAGGCAUUGUGUAGACCGGCGCUAACUUUAUUAUAACGUGUUUAAGUUGCACUUCUAUAUGACAACACAUUCAUCAACUGUUAUGUUCAACAAGCAAAUGCUAUGGCCUUUUAUACUUUUUGUUGGCAGAAGCCACAUUGUCUUUGUUGUGUCUGUUGGAAGCAGUGAUGUACCUGGUCGACUCUACUGAGGUCAUGAAAACAAUGGACACGAUGGGCAGCCUGAAUUAUGCUCUUCUUGUCGCACAAUGUUAAAACAAUAACUAAAACAAUAUACCACAAUAUCAUAGGCCUUGGUUGGACCUUGGCCUAGGUUUUGUACUACAAUAACGUUAACAGACCAUCAUUGUUCUAUAAAUCGUACAGUCUGGCCAUGAGGCACGACAAUUUAGAAGCGCAUGACCUGCUCCGGAAGUCUCUAAUGACCGCCACGCCAACUGCAGUGUAGAGCAGCCUAAACAUUCUAUAAAACCAGAGCUAGAUGUGGUGUUUCGAUUGUAGAUGACAGAGAUAGAUGUAACGAAGACACUUUUUCUAGGAACAGAUUCCAUUUUAUAACUGAUUAACGUUCAGUUUGUGUGCACUUUUAUUUUCAGGGAUAAAAAAAAAAAA